ACUGAAAGUGAACAGGACCCUCUUCAUAGGUAGCAGAGGCUGACCUGGCGAUCGAAUCAACAUGACAUUGACAUCUGCAGAAUGAAAGGCAAAAAUGAGGCAGAAUGUCGGAACUUUAUCAAAGUACUUCUGAAGAGGAAUAGCAGCACGCUCUUCAUAUGCGGAACCAAUGCUUAUAAUCCAGUGUGUGCAAAUUACACAAUGGAUACGCUUGAAUCUCUCGGACCUAGUAUCAGUGGUAUGGCAAGAUGUCCUUAUGAUCCCAAACAAGCCAAUGUUGCACUCUUUGCUGAUAAUAAACUUUUCACUGGGACGGUCACUGAUUUCCUAGCGAUUGAUGCUGUCAUCUAUCGAAGCUUGGGUGGCAGUCCAACCCUCCGAACAGUCAAACAUGACUCCAAAUGGUUCAAAGAACCAUACUUUAUCCACGCUGUAGAAUAUGGUCGACAUGUUUUCUUCUUUUUCCGAGAAAUUGCUAUGGAAUUUAACUACUUGGAGAAGGUUGUUCUCUCCAGAGUUGCUCGCGUCUGUAAGAAUGACAUGGGUGGCUCUCAGCGGGUGCUUGAGAAGCAGUGGACAUCCUUCCUGAAGGCGCGCUUGAACUGCUCAGUGCCAGGAGACUCCCACUUCUACUUCAACGUCCUCCAGGCCGUGACAGACACCAUUCGGAUUAAUGGGCACACUAUUGUGCUGGCCAUAUUCUCCACUCCCUCCAAUAGCAUUCCUGGAUCUGCCAUCUGUGCCUUCGACAUGGAGCAGAUUUCCAGCAUUUUUGAUGGGCGUUUCAAGGAGCAGAAAUCCCCAGAGUCUAUAUGGACGCCAGUUCCUGAGGAAUUGGUUCCAAAACCAAGGCCUGGCUGCUGUGCAGGACCUGGAACAAAAUACAACUCCUCCAAUGGGUUUCCAGAUGAGAUGCUGAACUUCCUGAAGACUCACCCCCUGAUGGAUGACACGGUCCCAUCGCUAAAUCAUGGGCCAUGGAUUAUAAAGACAACGAUCAGGGAUCGACUGAACAAGAUUGUGGUGGAUACAGAGGCUGGACCCUUUAAGAAUUACACAGUGGUGUUCCUCGGCUCUGAAACUGGAAUUAUUCUUAAAUUCCUCAUUAGACCAACUGCAAAUGCAAACUUUGCCAAUCGCAGUCUAUUUCUAGAACAUUUUGAUGCUUACAGCCCAGAGAAAUGUGACAGCAAUGGACGACAGAACCGGAGGAUUGUGGGAAUGGAACUCGAUAAGAUCAGUGGGACACUGUUGGUUGCAUUUCCCUCUUGUGUCAUGCGUGUGGCAUUUGCCCAUUGCCAGCAGCACGCUGUUUGCAUGAAGAGCUGCAUCGGUACUCGUGACCCGUACUGUGGCUGGGUUGGAGAUGGAGUGUGUGCAUACUUGGAACCAGGAACCAGUAUUCCAUUUGAACAAGAUGUCGAGCAUGGAAAUACAACCCACCUGGGUGACUGUGAAGGCCUGAUACAUGAAAGCUUUGUUGAAGAGCCCAAUGGCCUGGUUUCUGUCAACCUCCUUGUGAUAUCAGCCAUUGCUGCCUUUGUGAUUGGAGCAGUCAUCUCCGGAUUCAGUGUCUGCUGGUUCAUUGGCCAUCGGGACAAAAAGGAUACAGCCCGGAGAAAAGACAAGGAAACCAUCCUUUCACACAGCGAGUCUGUAGUCAGUGUCACCAAGCUAGGCGGCAUGGUGGAGCGACGGUCCAGGGGACAGCCAGAAACCUUACUCGCUCCACUGAUGCAGAACGGCUGGUCAAAGAGCUUGAUCAAAACCAGCCAGCAUCACCUUGACUCGACAGUAUUACCAACACCUGAACAAACACCAUUGCAACAGAAACGCAGUACAGGCAUGAGAAGCUGUGAAUGGGAGCAGAACCUGAUAAAUGCAAGUCUAAGAGAUCAACCAUGUGCAGGAUCACAGAUGAUCCUGGUUGAUUCCUCGCAUCAAGCAAUGUCCCAUCACCUUAGCAAUGUGCGGGUCAUUCCCACUUCCCGCCAUUCUUUCCAGCGGGAUCAGGAACUGACAAGUGAUAAUAAAGAUGUCGUGGACAAUUAUCUUUCACACAGUAUGAGAGAACAACUUGAGAAUCCAGGUUCUCACUAUAGGUCAUCUUUAGGUGGCAAUGGAGGUAGCCAUGCUUUUGUGGAAUAUUCAGUGUCUCCUCAUAGCAGUCCCAAAAGGAGAAGGGGUGCAUCAACACCCAUAAUGCCUCAGGACUACAUUGGGGAUGACCCAACAUGUUCCACACAGUGGAAUUACGAGAAAGCAAGUGCACCUGUACCUUCACAACACGUAAGGAAUCAGACUUUUAGCAGAGGGGAAAGUUCGUCAUCCCUGCAGAGAAAGGACCCAGUGCCUGUACAUCAUGUACAUCUCCACCAACCAGUCCCACCUGUCACUGGGCAACCUGACCGUGCAGGCUUUAAACCACCAAAAAAGUCAAGUGUCGAAAGGACAUCCUUAGCAAAAUGA